CCAUCUGCAGAAUUUCUUAUCGAUCUCACCACAUUUCUCACAGUUAUCCCUAGCGUCUCAAAUGUCACCUUCUCGUCCCAUUUAAGUAAAAAGGUGCCGAAGGUCACGGGAAACUUGGGCAAAGCACAAGAGACUUGUCUAAAAGCAACUACAAAAAAGUACAGUCGAACAUAUAUAAAAUCGUUAUAGGAUCAAGAGAUUAAUUAAUCACUGUCAAUAUCCCCUUAUCAGAGCGAAAGCUUUCACACGGUAGCCAAGAUAACGUGUAACGACGUAGACCUGACUACAGCCCUGAGUAGGCCCGGCGCACCCCCACCCACCAGCUUGGGAGCGUCGCGACGGAGUUUCGCCGCCCAGUGCGGGGGUGCCGCUCGUUCAAGCUGCCGCAUUUCGCGUUACGCUCACUUUUCGUCUGGACUUAGCAAGACGCGUAUAACAAACCGCCAACACUCUAUACACUUCCAACACUCCACUCUCGACUUUUAUUACGGUACAUUCAACGAGAGUUGAAAGGACACUCGUCAUCAAAGGAACAUAACGAAAAGUUCACGCGUAUUACAAACGGUCUAUCGGAUCCAUUUUGAAAGUUUUCGUGACCGAGGGGACACUUCUUGGAUGGAUGUCCCGUGACCUAAGGACUCCAGGAAACAGCUGCAAAGGCCUCCAAGCUGACACGGAAAGCGAUCGCGUGAGAUAGGUUGUCCGUGAAUAUUUCAAUACGUAUCGAUCUCCGGACACGUGCGCGUACGCGUUGCCAACAUUUCAGGUCCAAGUGCACGAGUCAAAAUUGGUCCCAUAUUCUCCCACGUACGGUUCUUAUGAAUUCUUUUUUCUACGGCUGACUUUACACUGCUAGACAGUUUGACGCGCGUUGCUUCCUUUGGCUGAGUUCCACAAGCUUUUCUUCGCGAGAAAUAUUUAUAUUAUUCGUGCAUAUCAUCGUGAAUAUCACUAACAAUGCGCCCUCUGCUAUCCAUCCGCAAUUGGCUCGUUGGAAUAAUUUGGUACUCGGACUCGCGUGCCGAUGCGUUCCUCGGGCGAAACACGUAGAACUGGUGGAGGCUUCGGCACGCGUCACUGUAAUACCGAUCGAACGAUCAAAGUGACAGGACGAGUUAUUCGUGGCUACUCUGUGCCAUCUCCUGCCGGUUGACUCGUGCAAUACUAUAUUGGUCUACAUUGUUCAUGAUUGACUAACGGGAAGGAAGGUUCCGCAGUGCUUUGUCGCAACAGUUGUUCAGCACAAGAUCAAUCGUAAAAGCUUUUUGCUAUUAAUGUCGCGUUUCUGUGCCAACCAAACAGUCCCCUGUGGUACGUCGACUCGCUAUUGACGUUUGAUCCUUAAUUUUCUUUAACGGCUUGUCUCGUCAAAACUAGCGAACAGCAGCAGUGUCAAAAUCAGUAAUGAUCCAGGAAGUGCAGUAAUAGACAUGUGUGGCAUGACUAACUUGAAGAUUCUUAAUUAUCGGUGAUACGCUCAGUUCAUGAAUCCUUGAGAUCUCUCUUCGGACGGGAUAAUAAGAGAGAAUGAGAAAGAAAGAGAGAAAUUUGAAGAGUAGCCAAAAACUACGAUACACGAUUUCCUGUGUGUUGAGAAUGAAAGUGAGAGGGAGCAAAGGGGUUAAGUGAGAGCAAAGGACAUAGAUCUAUAAGAGGGAAAGUAAAAGGGUCGGUGGAGGAGGGUGAAGAUGGAUAUGCGCAGAUGUAAAGAAGGGUGGUCUUAAGGAUACAUGAAGCCGUUCAAUGAGCUAGGGAGAGACUGAGAGCCAGUCCUAGGAUCUUCACACAAGAGCACCACACACUCUACUACUUCACCCAACUUGGUACCCCAAUCUGCCCUCAAUCAUGAAUCUUAUGUUCCGCAAGAACUUCGCGGGUGAGAAGGGCCCGGGUGCCGGUGGCGAACGUGCGGGCGUUGGUUCGUGCGGGACCGGAGUGAGUCCAGGUAUCGUUGGGUCCUGCGGAGCCGGCGGGGCCCGUUUAGGGGUUCGCGGAGCCUCUACCGUUGGAGUACGCGGCCCUGUGCGCCGUAGCAGGGAAUUCGGGUACUACCCGAUGGAGGAGCAUCCGACGCACUCAUACCGCACUCAUCUCUUCCUGUCACCACCCGCAGGUGGAACCACCAGUGCGGGGCCAGAUGAGCUCACCGAGCGACUCGGCCCCGGACCACGACGCAAUUCCGGACCUCUCAUCAGAUGGGGUGGCGGCACUGCCGGCGGAUCUGCCAGUAUCAAUAAAAGGAAACAGAAUGGCAAUCAGCCCAAGGAACCAUCGGAACCACCAACUCCGACUGCUUCGCGACAGGUAUCAUUCAGCGGUAAUCGAACGUCAGGAACGUAUACACCUCUUGUGGUGUCCGGAAACAGCCCCCCAAGAGGAGAACCAAUUUCAUUAGCUACCCUCGACCGUGACUGCUUUAUCAUUCCUCUCGCAUCCUUGGAACGAUUUCUUCCCGCUGGAGUGCCGCACGCCCCUAUCGCUGAUAAGAAGAAACCUGGCAGCCCAUUAUCGGUUCUUGAGGUGGAGGAUCCGAAGCAGUGUGUUUUGGCACAUUUCAUGACACCCUUAGAGCCUCUCGAUCCACUGGUCGAAUCGCCGCUAUCACGACCCUUGGUUUUGCAGCGAGACACCGCUGCGGAAUUGGUUGCGGAAAUUGCGCCGUCCGCUUCGCAAAGUAUACUGUUGACUAAUAUGGAGAGAAAUGCCGAUUUCCCAUUCAUCACGUACUAUUUGAUAAAUAAACAGUCCACGGAUCCUGUUGACUUUUAUCAUGAAGUCCAGUGCGCCGCCUUGAGGAAAUUUGAUCCAAGGGAUCUGAGGUACGCCGCCAGUCAUACUCUUGAUCUUUUUAACGAAGUCGCAACAAUUGCGAGACCGCCUUUAGAACCACCUGGUGGGAGACCGCCGAUUCCGUCCACCGGAUACAUCGUUUCCAUUUUCAAAGUGUUCGAGGGCGAUGAUGGAUUAAAAUUCGAACAGAAUUGGCUCUACUGGACCGGUGCUCGUAUGAUAUACCGGUACCUGCCAAAAUCUGUUGGUCUAAGACGUAUCACCUUACACAAGUCCAUGUCUCAAGGAGACAAGAUGUAUCUGUUGAUCUGCGAAUGUUCUCAACUUCAGGAUAACCUCUCAGCAGCCGCCAUAUUGUUACCGGCUCUGAGAGCACGACUUUGCGGUUACACAGGUCUUUACAGGCCAUCCGUGUGCUUCUGAUUUUACACAAAGGAAUUCCCAAUCGUGUGGGACGUCAUUCAUAUCACGUUGAAUUUGUACUUCGAAUUUACACCGCGCCCCCCUACCUACUCUCUGAUAAAAUGAUGCCACGUGGUCCAGCUUUUGUAAAACAAAAAUGGUAAAUGGCAAAUUUUUUACUACACGACAUAACGAAUUACAUAUCAUACUCGAUAAUGCUGUGAUUUCGAAUAAUAUAUAUCACACACAUAUGGUCUGUUUACGAGUUCAGUGUGCUUUUUUGACAGAUCGAAAACAAUGAAAUUCUCAAGCAAGCCAUACAUGGUUUUACAUAAAAUAUUUGUUACCUAGUAUGCACGGGCAUGUUCUCUUACACUGAAAUAUAUUGACUUUCUAUUUUAAAAUAUAUUUUCAUGACUCUAUGGAAAGCCAAAUAUGAUUUGUUAAGGAUUUCAUUGUUUGAUAAUUAUCAAAAAAUGUAUUGACGUAGAUGGACUCUAUACACCGCACACAGGUACUCACGGUCAAACACUUUUCUUCGAUACUCAUUUCGAAGUAUGAAUUUAGUCAUUAAGUAGGCUGCUAUCAAGUAUGACUCGAUAGAUUAACCUUAUUGAACUUUUAAAUAAUAAUAGAUCGGCUUUCGGCCGUUUCCUAUAACGCGCAAUACCUCGAUGCCUAGGAUUGUAUAUUGAUAAUAGUAAUUCCGGUAGACAUUUUUGUCGAGAAGAGAAAUGAAACAAUGCCAGUGCUGUGCAAUAUUAGGCGACUUUUAAUAAUUAGAAGUUUAUAGUUAUCGAUGAGGGUGAGUUUAGAAAUAUAUAUGCAUAUAUAUAUAUAUUAUAGAGGGUGAGUUUGCAUGGUAGUACAAAUUAAUAGUUGAUACGCUUGUUGCAGAGAGACAAUAUAGUUAGGCGAUUGCGCAGGCGCAAUUUGUUACUAAUGACAUAGAUUUUUAUUAAAAUUUGUCAUAUUCUUACGAUACCAUUGUACUCACUGACCAUGAAACAAGAGCACUGACAGCCUUGCAAUUGUACUGUGAUCGCGUGUAUCACGUAUGAUACACGUUCAUACAUAUACGAUUAAACGCAAACUGUGAUUGCAUAAUUGGAACGUUAAGUAUGAAUAAUUUCAAUAUGAAUAAUUCUUGGACAAAGUUAUUCUGUCACUGAGAAUCUUACUCUUUGCAUACCACCGACGUGGGGUAGAAUGAUAAUUCUUCAGGGUAACUUGGCAUGUUAUCAUGAUAGCUUUAAGCCACUUAUUUACUUAGAUAAUUACUGUUAUGAUUCUCACAACACAUUGUUGUGAUUUUUUAACAGGACAGAUUAUGACAUUUCGAUAGGCAAUAAUUAUAUAGAUAAUUAAGGAAAUUACAUACAACAAACCAUCAAAUAAAUCAGAGCUAACAUUUUA